AUGUCACGCCACGCAAUAGUCGAAGAGGUUGAGGACAGCGACGAUGUGUACUCAGACCCCUCCGAGGACGACAUUGACGACUUUGACGAGACUGACAUUAUCCGCCGCAAAGAGCCCGCCGCCGCACGACAACCCGCACAGCCCUCGGCCGCAUCCUCAAUACCACAGCCGUUUCAGCAGCAGCAGCAACAGCGCGCAAACAUUGGCCGCCCGGGCGGCGUAGAGCCCCCGCCCGCCUACGCCGGCUUCCCUGCGCUCUACCCGGUCUACUUUGACAAGGACCGUUCACGUGCCGAGGGCCGUCGCGUCAGCAAGAGCCUCGCCGUGGCCAACCCGCUGGCGCGCGACAUGGUCGACGCCUGCGCCUCGCUGCAGCUGCGCACCGUCUUCGAGCCCACCAAGACGCACCCCAAGGACUGGGCCAACCCGGGCCGCGUCAAGGUCGACCUCAAGGCCAGUACGGCCGUCAAGAACAAGCACCACCUCUACGUUCUCGUCGCCCGCUACCUCGCCGCCCACCCGACCACCGAGUCCAGCGCCGGCCUGCGCGAGACCGUGCGCGGCGCGCCACCGCCGCCGCCCCGCGGCGAAGCCUACCCGCGCCCGGCCAUCCCGCGCGGCUGGAAGCUGCCGGAACUGGUGCCGUAUCUGAGCCCGGCGAUGACGGGCGGCGGCGUGUCGGAGAACCUGUUCCAGGACGUCAUGAAGGAGAUGCAGGGCGCCGGCGGGCCGGGCGGCCUGGGCGCGCUGGGCGGUGGCGGCAUGCCCGACAUGCGGCAGGCAAUGGCGGCGCUUGCUGGUGGUGGUGGAGGCGGUGGCGGCGGAGCGCCGGGCGGCGCGAUUGGCGGCAGCGAUACCAAGAAGGGCAAAAAGGGCAAGGGAAAGGCAUAG